GUAUACCCCAUAAAUGAACGCACAUCCGUCAAGAAUUUGCACAGCAAAGUGUUGAGUAAACUUGUGGUGAUGGGAGGCAUUAUCAGUUUUUUUAGAGGUUGGAGAGCGGAUGGCCGCAGUUAUGAAAAUUUGCUGGCAAAAUCAUCAAGCGAUGAGCAACAGCAGGAGACUGCUCUCACCAACCCCGUCUUUGAUUUUUCCUAUUCUAGUAGAUUAUCAAGCAAUGUGGAUGAGAACCAGUCAAAUGUAGAAGACCAGGAACAACCAAAGAGGAAGCAGGGACCUCUCUUCACAGCAAGAACAGUGCAAGUCACCCUACUAGAGUCUGGGGAUCGCUAUGAAGAGAUAAACUCCAUUGUAUCUAACGUACUCCAGCUGUACAAACCCAUUGAAGUCCGUAAGGAAGGGAUAAGGAAAACACUAGUGGGUUUCAAAGAAGCACUAGGCCUUUACGAGACUGCAGCCAUACCAGGCUGCUUCAAGGUACUAAGAGAGAAGUUUAGCUCAACGACACAAUUGGAGCUCAUUUGUGCCGGAACGGAGCCAAUCAAAAUGAAAAUAAACGAUUUCUCGACGCCAUCCGAUCAUUUGAAAGCAGUUGAUGAAGGAGCAAAGAAAGCCAUCACUCUCCUCAACGCCUGUCUCAAUCAUUGCCAGAAGUUUACUGGAGAGAAAGAGCUGAAGUUAGUAGAUAUUGAAGUACGACUAGAGGAUCUUCAGCUAAUGCCUUUGACGAAAGAGGGACAGUUGUUAUAUGCAGCCGUCAAUGAGAUCCCAUCCUAUAUAGAGGAGCUAUCGUUAGAUAUUGGGGUAUUAUUGCAAGACAUAUACAAAGCUCAACCCAUUCUGAGACCACAAUAGAAAAGAUUAACUAUUCUAAAAUUAAAUUAUUAUUAUUAUUAUUAUAAUGACAGGUCUAAUCAGGGCAAAAACUACUCAGCUGUAUAAAAUAGUAAAAGUAUAAGCAAGCAUUUUAUUUUUAUACCAUUGUGUCUUUGUGCAUUGUUAUAACUAAAAUUCAUUUAAAUUAAUUAACUAUUAUUUAAUUAACAUUAAUUAGUUGGAAAGAGGUAUGGGAGCGAUUUGCAGCAGACUCAAGGUACGAGUGAGAACGAAAUACCAUACUCUGAGGACCGAAUCGCCUGGAGACCAUACUGACGGCCAGGGAAAUGGUUUCUUGUCCUCGCUACAAGAGAAACCCGUGGAGCCUUGGUCAGAGGCAGGGGAGCGUUGUUACAAUGAUGAGGAGGAGCCAUGCACGAGUAAAACAGAACUUGCAUUAAGAGAGCAGGCCCAAGCAGAGAGCUCGUUCGAUAACAUCGCCACACAAA